CGUCUCAGAGCUCAGCUCCAAUUCCCCACCAAUUGCCUGUGCAGAGAGAGAGCCAUAGCGAAGAGAAGCUGCCGCUGUUUUUCUGCCUCCUUUCGCGACAGCGCGUCUCUGGCCUCUACAUCACCAAAUAUUCCGGUUUCUGUCUAUCAUGCGAUCUGAGUAGCGCGGUGCUUCGCCAGAUCGCCCAAUAUGAACAUUUCACAGCCCGUGUCGUCGACUCUCGACAGCGUCGACUUCCAGUUCCUCACAUCCGACGAGAUCCGCGCAGUCUCUGUCAAACGCAUUGAAAAUCCCGUCACCUUCGACACACUUCUCAAUCCUGUUCCAGGCGGUCUCUAUGACCCAGCUCUCGGCUCAUGGGGCGAUGCGCCAUGCCGCACCUGCGGUCUGAACCAGGCACAAUGCCCUGGUCAUCCAGGUCAUAUUGAGCUUGCUGUACCUUGUUACCACCCAGUAUUCAUGGACCAGGCUUUCCGAUUCCUUCGUUCCAUGUGUAUUUACUGCCAUCACUUUCGAACGGCCCGCCGCGAGAUCCACCGCUUUGCCUGUAUGCUCAAGCUUCUUCAGUACGGCUUGCUCCAUGAAGCGCAGCUGGUCGAUGCCAUCUCCGAGAGCGAACUCGGAGGAGAGAAGCUCAAGAGCAUGAGGCUCCCCGACAUCCCCAACAUGGACGACGAGGCCGAGGACGAGGGGAGCACAACAGAUGUCACCAUGAGAGCUAGAGAAGCCUAUGUUCGCCAAGUGUUGAAGGAGCACAGGACACGCCUCAGUGCGGGCGAUAUCAAGCGAGCGAAGCACGAAGGUGCGGCCGAGAUGAGGAGAGCCUUGUUGAAGGAGCUCUUCGCCACGUUAGUGAAGGAGAAGAGAUGCAAGAGCUGCGAUGGCAUCAGCCCAACGCUGCGCAAGGACCGCUAUGUCAAGAUCUUCGAGCGCGGCCUCAGUUCCAAGGACAAGGCCACUAUGGCUCAGGCUGGGCGAAAAAGCCGCGACGCCUUGACCAUGACCAACAAGAACAAGAAGGAUGCCGACGGUGAGGAUGAAGGUGUUGCUGAUAUGGAAUCAGAACCAGAACCAGAAGAUGAAGGAGAGGGGGAUAGUCUCGACGAGGGCGGUGAUGUGGCUAUGAAGGAUGCCGAAACCGAAACCCAGACAAAGUCGAAAACGAAAGCCUCAGCCCCCCAGCGCUUCCUCAACUCGAUGGAAGUCAAGGGCCGCCUCGACCUCCUCUUCCAAGCCGAGCGGGAAAUCAUGUCGCUGAUUUUCAACACUCGUCCACCGACCAAGGCUUCUCGCUCGAAGCCUAUCACCGCCGACAUCUUCUUCAUUCACACGCUCAUGGUUCCUCCAAACAGGAUGCGCCCAGAGGCUCGGAUGGGUGAGAACCAAAUCACCGAAGCCGAGCAAAACAGUCUCUACAAGAAGAUCAUUGAAAAGUCUUCCGCUGUUGGACAGAUCUCUAGAGAGAUUGCCCUCGGGAAGAAAGCCGUCGUUCAGGAAGGCAGGAGACCACGGGAUCUGAACCACCUUUACCAAGCCUGGACUGAGCUUCAGGAAGCUGUCAACAGUUUGAUGGAUCGCGACAAGAACCCGAUCCAGGGUAACGCUGGCAAGAGAAACGAGGAGGGUAUCAAGCAGAAGCUUGAAAAGAAGGAGGGUCUGUUCCGCAAGAACAUGAUGGGCAAGCGUGUCAACUUUGCCGCUAGAUCAGUCAUCAGUCCUGACCCCAACAUCGAGACGUCCGAAAUCGGUGUCCCACCCGUCUUCGCGGUGAAGCUUACUUACCCAGAACCUGUUACUCAUUUCAACUUCAAAGACCUCCAACAGGCCGUGAUCAACGGUGUCGAAAAGUGGCCCGGUGCUGCGGCUAUCGAGAACGAAAAUGGCCAGGUUGUCAACCUGCGAAACAAGUCUCUGGAGGAAAGAGUAGCUCUGGCCAACACGCUUCUCGCCCCAUCAACCAACUCCUUUGCCAAUCUCAGGGGCAAGAAAGUACUCCGUCACCUCACCAACGGUGAUGUUGUCUUGAUGAACCGUCAGCCUACACUUCACAAGCCAUCUAUGAUGGGUCACCGUGUCCGUGUUUUGCCAGGCGAGAAGACGUUACGUAUGCACUACGCCAACUGUAACUCGUACAACGCCGAUUUCGACGGUGACGAGAUGAACAUGCAUUUCCCACAAAACGAGAUUGCUCGUGCCGAGGCUCUCCAGCUUGCCAACACAGACAGCCAGUACGUCAGUGGAACAGGCGGCUCGCCGUUGCGCGGUUUGAUUCAGGACCACUUGUCAGUCUCUGUCAUUCUCUGCAACAAGGACACUUUCUUCAGCAAGGGCGACUACAUGCAACUCGUGUACGCCGGUCUCCGCCCCGAAAGUGGGCACAUCACGGGAGAAAAGAUCCUGACAGUACCCCCAGCCAUGAUCAAGCCAAGACCACUCUGGACUGGAAAGCAGGUUAUCGACACCGUUCUGAAGAAUAUCAAGCCGGCCAACUGUGGCGAUCUCUGGAUGCAGUCUGGCACCAAGAUCAAGGCAAGAAGCUGGGGCGACCAUUCUCCUGAAGAAGGCGAGGUCGCAGUCCGGGAUGGAAUUCUCGUUCACGGUAUUCUGGACAAGUCACAGCUCGGUUCCAGCGAUGGCGGCCUUGUCCACGCUGUUCACGAAGUCUACGGCCCCGGCGUCGCGGCUAAGCUGCUGAGUUGCCUGGGUCGCCUCCUCACACGCUAUCUCGCCAUGGUUGCAUUCACUUGCGGAAUGGAUGAUCUGCGUAUGACACCAAAGGGCGAACAGGACCGCAAGGAGUUGAUCAAGGAAGCUAAGCAUAUUGGUCUCGAAGUUGCGGCCAAGUACGUAUCUUUGGAGGAGCAAAAGCCAACCAAGGAUGACCCUCUGCUUCUGGAACGCCUCGAGGAAGUUUUAAGAGACGACAAGAAGCAGGAAGGCCUCGAGUUGUUGACCAAUCAACGGGUCGCCAAGCUCUCUUCCGAGAUCACAAGAGUCUGCUUGCCCGCCGGUCUCGAGAAGCCUUUCCCCCACAACCACAUGCAGUCUAUGACAAUCUCUGGUGCCAAGGGUUCCACUGUCAAUGCCAACCUGAUCAGUUGCAACUUGGGACAGCAGACACUAGAAGGUCGUCGUGUGCCCGUCAUGAUUUCAGGUCGGACUCUACCCAGUUUCCGCCCCUUCGACACAGAUGCACGGGCUGGUGGCUAUAUUGUGCAGCGUUUCUUGACUGGUAUUCGCCCACAGGAGUACUACUUCCAUCACAUGGCCGGUCGUGAAGGUCUGAUCGACACAGCCGUCAAAACGUCGAGAUCCGGUUACUUGCAGAGAUGUCUUGUCAAGGGAAUGGAAGGCUUGGCUGUCUCUUAUGACAGCUCUGUCAGAGACUCUGAUGGGUCUGUCGUGCAGUUCUUGUACGGUGAGGAUUCGGUCGAUAUUACCAAGCAAAAGUAUCUGAACGAUUUCGAGUUUGUACUGCGCAAUCUGGACAGUGAGCUGCCACAGUUGAGGUUCCACGAGGACGGCACUCAAGCACUCUUUGAGAAUAAGGAUGAGAUCAUCAAGCGGAUGAAAUCGGCCAUCAGGUCGAUUGGCACCCGCAACCCACAAGACCCCGUCACGUCCAAGCUUGAGCCUUCCCGAUAUGGCUUUGCCACUUCGGAGAAGUUCUUCAACCGCAUGAUGGACUACCUCAAGACAAACAAGCACGGUUUGAUCAAGGAGAAGGGAUCCAAGGAGAAAGCCGGCCAGAUCUCCCGCAAGACCGCCGAAAAGAUCCUGGCAGCCAAGUAUAUCAGGUCUCUUGUUGAGCCCGGCGAGGCUGUCGGUAUCACAGCAGGCCAGUCUGUCGGUGAACCUUCGACUCAGCUGACGCUCAACACGUUCCAUUUGGCUGGUCACAGUGCAAAGAACGUCACACUGGGUGUGCCUCGUCUUCGUGAAAUUCUCAUGACGGCCUCUGCCAACAUCAGCACUCCAUCGAUGACACUUGUUCUCAACGAAGAGCUUUCGGAACAGGACGGUGAGCGGUUCGCCAAGAGUAUCAGCGUCCUGCCUCUGUCGCACGUCACCAAGGAUGCAACUGUGGUGGAAAAGGUCGGGGUUGGCAUCGCCCACAAGGUGGCCAAGACCUUUGAUAUCAGACUGCGCUUUUUCGAGAGUGAGGAAUACUCCAAGAUGUACGCCAUCUCGAUUUCCGAUGUGCUCGGAACCGUAGAAAAGAAGUUCAUCCCGCUGCUUUGCAAGAUCAUCCAGAAGGAGCUCAAGAAGAUUGACAAACAGAAGGGAUCUGCAUCGGCGCCUGAAAUCGGUGUCAAGGUUGGCACUAUUGAGACGGCGGCGGCAACCUCUUCGGGCGACAGGGAGGCUCGCGGUGGUGACGAUGACGAUGAUGACGACGACGAGGAUGAUGCCGGCGGUGCCAAGCGGAGAGCCAACCGGUCCGAGGCUGUUUCUUAUGGUCCCAACGAUGACGACGACGAUGCCAUUCAGAGGCAACUGCAGCGGGAGACUGAAGAGGCCGAUGAUGGGGAGGACGAUGACGAGGCCUACGGCGGCAGCCCGCGACCCGAGCGCCGGCGCGACGACAAGAGCCUUGAAGCUGAGGCAGCCUCCCGUGUCAAGGAGAAGAACGAGGACGUAGCAUCGUUCAAGGCCGAUACUGUCGGCGGCGAGUGGGUCAAGUUCACCCUCGAAUACCCAGCCUCCAUGCCCAAGCUGCUUAUGCUCAACCUCGUCCAGGAGGCGGUCAACAAGGCCGUCAUCCAGGAGAUUGCGCACAUUGGCAAUGCGACCCUUGAGCCUAUCAAGAAGAGAGAUCCCGCGACUGGGGAGGAGGUGAUCAAGGAGCUGCUGGUCCACACCGAGGGUGUCAACCUGAGGGCUAUGCAGCUGUAUGCUGAUUACAUCAACCCCAACAAGCUCCAGACCAACGACAUUGCCCAGGUGCUCGAGUUUUAUGGUGUCGAGGCGGCGAGGGCGAAUAUUGUGAGGGAACUGUCGGGCGUUUUCGACUCUCACGGUAUUGCUGUCGACAAGCGCCAUUUGAGCUUGAUCGCCGAUUACAUGACCAGGAAUGGCGGGUUCAGCCCUUUCAACCGCAUUGGUUUGACGGGCAAUGUCUCGCCUUUUACCAAGAUGAGUUAUGAAACUACCGUCGGCUUCCUCAAGGAUGCGGUCAUGGACGGUGAAUGGGAUCCCCUCAUGACACCUUCGUCGAGACUGGUUGUGGGUAAAUUGGGUGGCUUGGGAACUGGAGCGUUUGACUUGCUCACGCAGGUACCGACUGCUCAUGGAGUGGCCAAUUUUUAGAAUCUGCGGGGGGGGGGGUUGGGGUGUUGAGAGAGAGGUCGGUUGUAUAUAGUUGAUGGAACGGGUUUGGUGGGCUUGGCAUGGGGCAUGGUGUUGUUUGGUAAUGUGAAAAGGUACUGCGUUUGAUCUAGUUAAUAAAUCGAGUCAAGGUUUUUGAUUUUAAACGGGUUGGCUAUGCGUUUGGUGCAGUUUUGAUGGGCG